AACUCAACAUACACCCAAUUCAAAUGAUUUCGCACUAAAAAAGAUUAAAGAAUUUCAGCAAAGAACUUUGGUAGACUUCGUUCAUCCCACCAUGUGCAUGAUUCGAUAGACUUCAACUAAACGAAGACUUCCAAAAGCGAAUCCAUUGAUUAAUUCAAAAGCUACGUUGCUUUUCGGAGACAAUUCGAAUCCUCAAUUGUUGCUUUCAGGAAAGUAACUGUGAACCGCAAAUGAUCCUGUUUCGCUUAAUUUAAUCCAGAUAACUUGAUUUGAUUCCGUUCGUAUUGGAUGGGGGGCAGAAGUUCAAGAGAGGAGCGUCCGACUGACAGACAGUCACCAUCGUUCCAAUCAACAUCAUCUUUUACUGGAAGUCAAUACGGAAACUAUCCUCAACAAUCUUAUUCAAAUCCGCCACAAGACGUUCAUAAUUAUCCUGUUCAUGACGCUUAUCCUGCUUAUUCACAACCUUAUCAUGCACCCGCACCUGCACCAGCACCAUCACCAUCUGGUCAACCCCAUAGACCACAGAGGAGGCUUGACCGGAGGUAUUCAAGGAUUGCAGAUAAUUACACUUCAUUGGAACAGGUGACUGAAGCUCUUGCUCGUGCAGGGCUGGAAUCUUCUAACCUAAUUGUUGGUAUCGACUUCACUAAGAGCAACGAAUGGACUGGUUCAAGGUCUUUCAAUAGAAAAAGUCUACAUCAUAUUGGAGAUGAUUUAAAUCCGUAUGAACAAGCAAUAACCAUUAUUGGGAAAACAUUAGCUGCCUUUGAUGAAGACAACUUGAUUCCCUGUUAUGGAUUUGGAGAUGCAUCAACACAUGAUCAAGAUGUUUUCAGUUUUUAUCCAGAAGAAAGGUUUUGUAAUGGAUUUGAGGAAGUGUUGAGUAGAUACAGGGAAAUUGUCCCUCAUUUAAAGCUUGCAGGACCAACAUCAUUUGCCCCUGUCAUUGAACAGGCUAUGACUAUCGUUGAACAUAGCGGGGGCCAGUAUCACGUGUUGUUAAUUAUUGCAGAUGGGCAGGUAACAAGAAGUGUUGAUACUGAGCCUGGUAAUUUGAGUCCACAAGAACAGAGAACUGUGGACGCCAUAGUUGAAGCAAGUAAGGUUCCACUAUCUAUUGUAUUGGUUGGAGUUGGAGAUGGGCCGUGGGAUAUGAUGAAAGAAUUUGACGACAAUAUCCCCUCUCGUGAAUUUGAUAAUUUCCAGUUUGUGAAUUUCACGGAAAUCAUGUCCAAGAAUGUGGCUACAAUCCGUAAAGAGACAGAAUUUGCUCUUAAAGCUUUGAUGGAAAUUCCUGCUCAAUAUAUAGCAACACUCGAACUGAAUAUAUUAGGGAGCCGCAAAGGAGUUUCGCCACAUAGGAUUGCCCUUCCUCCUCCAUCAUCUUUUAGCCGCCACUCAAAACCAUCACACUCAAGUAGCUUUCAAAAGGGCUCACAAUCUUAUUAUGACCAAACUACCCCUGCCCCCACCCCUUAUUAUCAUCAAACUAGUCUUCCAAACAGGGCUCCACCUGCUCCUGCUCCUACUCCUAGUUCUACUUAUGACAAUCAGGUAUGCCCCAUUUGCCUUACUAACCCCAAGGAUAUGGCAUUUGGCUGUGGUCAUCAGACAUGUUGUGAGUGUGGAGAAACUCUACAGCAGUGCCCAAUUUGCCGAAGCUCAAUUGAAACAAGGAUAAAAUUAUACUAAUAAGGUUAUAAAUUGGGGUUGGUUUGCCGUUUGUGUAAUGUGUUGAUGGUAUGGUUAGUGUUAGCUUAGAUUCUUUUGGUGGCCGGAUAUGUUUUGCACAUUCUGUUUGGUGAUUUUUUUAAUUAACUUAUAUGUUGGCGAGUUGCGUUUGUGGAUUUGUAAAUGAAAGUCAUUUCAUGUACA